AUGGCGCUCGAGAGGCCAGCCAAGCGAAGACAAUCAUUUAUCAUCCAUCAUAGAGGAUCUGAAACCCUCUUGUGGCGUUGGAUCGCCUGCCUUAAUGGGAUCCAACACCGAAACAACCAGUCCUAUUCGAUGCAACUGUACCUCCGGCAAGUGUGGUUCGACCCGCGCCUCCGCUUCAACAAGACGGACCUGGGCAAGCGAUUCUCCAUGAACUGGAUGUUCGCCCGCCGCCUCUGGAAGCCCGACACCUUCUUCAUCAACGGCAAGAACUCCUACGCCCACAAGAUCACCGCGCCCAACACGUUCAUCAGGCUGCAGCACGACGGCCAGAUCACGUGGUCGCUAAGAUUAACGGUUCGAGCCAGCUGUAAAAUGCACCUUCGGAAGUUUCCUUUGGACACGCAGCUGUGUCCUCUUAGUUUAGCGUCUUACGGGUACAACGCCACAGACAUAGUAUACAAGUGGGCGCCCCAACUCGUGACGGUGGAUAGUGACGUCAGCAUCGCCCAGUACGAGUUGGUGAAGAUUACGACCAACUCGACCAAAGUCACCGUUAGGAGAAAAGAGGAGAUCUCGAUCCUCAGCGUCAAAUUCCACCUGAAGAGGCUCACCGGCUUCUUCCUCCUGCAAGUGUACGUCCCUUGCAUCCUCAUCGUAUGCUGCUCGUGGGUCGCCUUCUGGAUCACCAAGAAGGACGUCCCGGGCCGCGUCUGUCUAGGUGCAACGACAGUGCUUUCACUAACCAAGAUCGGUUUCGGAGGCAAGUCGUCCAUGCCCAAAGUCUCGUACCCGACGUCUUUAGAUUACUUCGUCAUCCUGUGCUUUACUUUCGUCUUCGGGGCCAUCGUGGAGUACACCGUGAUGCACUUCCUCGAGAGGUCGACUAACAAGCGUCGCAAGGCCAUGGAGCAGCACCGGAAGGAGGUUGAGGAGAGAGCCCGAGCGCCAGAGGUCCAGGGAGAGCAAAGGGCCGCCGAGAAGGACGCCACGAUGCUGGUCACGACGACGGUCAAGGAGGACGGCGUGGACAUCGGCUCGUCGCUGCGGGAGACGCUGAAGGUGCCGCUGACGGUGGUGCCCCUCGGCGUGAGCGCCAUCGACGAGGAGCAGGAGGACGAGGGCGGCGCCAGACAGGCGGGCUCGCCCACGUCGUCGAGGGCGGGCGACGGGUCGCCGCUCGACACUAAGUCCCCGCUGAAGGAGGCGCUGAAGCUGCCGCUGAGCGUGGUGCCGGGGAGCCUGGAGGCCGUGAAGGAGGGCGGCGAGGGCGAGGGCGACGGGCUGCGGGCGCGCAACGUGGCGGCGGCCAAGCGCGAGGGCGAGGACCCCGACAGCGGCGCCGAGGGCGACCGCAGCGUGGUGAGCGCGGAGGCGGGGCGCCCUGGCGAGGGCUGGGUGUCAGCCAGCGACAGCGGCAGCGUCAGCAGCAAGAGCAGCCUGUUCCGGCUGCGGAAGGACGCGUCGGCGGCCGCCAAGAAGGAGCGGCUGGACAGCGAGAGCGACCUGACGGUGAUCAAGGUGGACAUCCAGGCCGACGAGGAGGAGGAGGCGCCGCCGCCGCCGCGCCCCUACACCGUGUGGCAGAUCCUGACGUGGAAGCGCAAGCUCAUGGCCGAGAUGUCGCCGGCCAACGUGAUCCCGUCGGAGGAGGACGUGCUCGACCGCUUCUCCGUCAUCGACCUGUACGCCCGCAGGAUCUUCCCGACGGCGUUCUUCAUCCUGUUCACCGUGUACUGGGUCAUGUUCAAUUACUACAUAACGGACGAGUUCCCCCACGAGACCAAGGAGCCCUCGGACGGCCUCGUGGUCGUAUAGAAAACGGGAAGAGGCCGGAACUAAUGCUCAUGGGUAAGAAACAAAGAAAAAGAAAGAAAAAGAAAACAAUUGAAAGAAUUAGUUUUGAAGCGAGUGAGAAAAAGAGAGAGAGAGAAACAUGGAGGGAGGUAGAUAGUGAAAAAGUAAAGUGAAAAUAGAAGAAAAAUCAUGAUAAAGUUUCACAUAUUAUAAACCAGUGUACAAUAAACCACGAAAGAGAAUGAAAAGAAAAUAAUAAUAAAUAAAAAAGGGGGAAUGACAAUAAUAACAAUCGGACCUCAAUAUUUUGAGAAGACAUGUUUGUGACAUGUUUGUGACAUGUUUGAGACACAACCCCGCCCCCCUUUCUCCCUCCACCGACAGUGAUCUGAAGGAACUGUUUUUGAGAUGAAUUUGUGACAUGUAAAAUGAUCGUAGUUUUAAGUUUGAGUGAAAUGUGUGCUUACAUGAGAGAGAGAGAGAGAGAGAGAGAGAGAGAGAGAGAGAGAGAGAGAGAGAGAGAGAGAGAGAGAGAGAGAGAGAGAGAAGAGAGAGAGAGAGAGAGAGAGAGAGUUUCUUUGGGGUAAGGUUUACAAUCAGUCAUAGGCAGAGAAUAACAUAUGUUUAGAUAUUGGAAUUGUAAUGAGAAAGUAGAUUAUGAUAUAUUUACAGUAUGGACAAUAUUAGUAAUUAUGAAUUAAAUUUUUGAGAAUUUUGAUAGCUGAAAAGCAGGGAACUAUUUAUGCUG